UGUCUCUUCUCUCAUAAAAAAAAGGCCAGGAACGGCGACAGUGUCAGCGGCUGCGGCUCCGGCGGCUGUGCGCGAUCCUCCCUCUCAGUCACCGCCGACACUCCCAACAAUGCGCGCGCUCACCCAUCUCCACCAGACACCACCGCAUCACACCACUGCGUCCGCAGUCUGAAAUUUACCUCCGCUUUUUUUAUUGUUGUAGUUGUUAAGCAUCCGACAUACUACCAACCAACGAGACGCAAACACUUUCAUUUCAACCCUUCAUCUGAAUGACGGGCGGACGGUUCGACUUCGACGAUGGCGGCACUUUCUGCGGUGGAUGGGAGGACGGAAAAGCCCACGGACACGGCAUCUGCACCGGCCCCAAGGGCCAGGGCGAAUACUCCGGGUCCUGGUCCAACGGGUUUGAGGUAGUCGGGGUGUACACCUGGCCCAGUGGAAAUACAUACAAUGGUUACUGGGCGCAGGGGAAACGGCACGGGCUCGGCGUGGAGUCCAAGGGGAGGUGGCUGUACCGCGGGGAGUGGAGUCAAGGAUUUAAGGGUCGAUAUGGGGUUCGCCAGAGUCUCAAUACACCUGCCAGGUAUGAAGGCACAUGGAGUAAUGGACUGCAAGAUGGAUAUGGGGUCGAGACAUACGGAGAUGGGGGUACAUACCAGGGCCAGUGGAUGGGCGGCAUGCGACACGGCUAUGGUGUACGUCAGAGCGUGCCUUACGGCAUGGCCACUGUCAUCCGCUCCCCGCUGCGUACCUCACUGGCCUCCCUCCGCAGCGAGCAGAGUAACGGCUCCGUACUUCACGACCACACGUCUGACAGCCCCGCUGGCACCCGGGGCGGCUUCGUCCUGAACUUCCACAGUGACAGUGAAGUGGGCUCCGGCAAAAAAAAGGGCCUUUUCAGACGGGGUUCGCUGUUUGGGAGCCUCAAGCAGCUGAGGAAGUCAGACUCCCGUUCUUCCAUAUCCAGCAAGCGCAGUUCAGCACGAAGUGACGCCACCAUGAGCCGCAUCAGCUCUAGCGAUGCAAACUCCACCAUUAGUUUUGGUGAUGGAGAAGUGGCCGACGAGUACAUGCUGGCUGAGGACAAUGUCGAUGCCACCACCACCGAGUCGUACAUGGGCGAGUGGAAGAAUGACAAGCGGAAUGGUUUCGGUGUCAGCGAGCGCUCCAAUGGGAUGAAAUACGAAGGCGAGUGGAUAAACAACAAACGCCACGGCUACGGGUGCACGAUAUUCCCUGAUGGGACGAAAGAAGAGGGGAAGUACAAAAAUAACGUUUUGGUGCGUGGCAUCAAGAAGCAGCUUAUUCCCCUCAAGAACACCAAGACGAAGCAGAAAGUGGACCGUGCCGUUGAAGGAGCCAUAAGAGCAUCUGCCAUUGCCCGCACAAAAGUAGAAAUUGCCACCUCAAGAACUGCACACGCCAGGGCCAAAGCAGAGGCAGCGGACCAGGCGGCGCUGUCUGCCAGCCAGGACUCUGAUAUCGCCAGAGCAGUGUCCAGAGAACUGUCCCCCAACUUCUAUCAACCAGGCCCUGACUAUAUCAAGCAGAGGUUUUCCACUGAGCCCAUCGAGAUUAAAGAAGUACCAGAAGAAAAAAAAGAGAAAUCGCCUUCAGGAAGUCCGCACUUUUAUCGCAAAGGCACAACCCCAACCCAGACCCCUUCCCAAAGCCCCAGUCCUACCCCACCCCCCUCACCCCCUCUCAGCAAGAAAAAGCCCUUCUUUAACAGAAGUGCCCCAAAAGCCAUUAAAGAAAACAAGCCCCCUGCUGCCGAAAGCCUGGCAGCAGGUGUCACCAAGGCUACUUCCAGGAUAUCAGACAAACAGGAAGUAAAACAGGAGGUAGUACCCGUAGCCAAACCCUCCAAGCCGCCGACGCCGGUCGCCAAUGCCUCCAGCCCUGGGAACGGUGAGCUGCACUCCCAGUAUCACGGAUACUAUGUGAAGGCGGAGGUGAUGAUGCCUCCUGAUGAUCCGGAGGACGAAGAACACCGUGGAACGUCAGCUGCUCAUACCAGGAUGCCCCCACCUGCAAAGCAGUACCGCGCACCGACCCCCAAACCAGUAAUGGCCAAAGAGAACAAACCUGAACCCAAACUGAAGAAACAGGAAUCAUUGAAGCCAAAGAGCCUAGCAGAAACUAAGAAAGCCAGCAUGGAAAUUACUACUGACAUUGUUGAGGAGGAGUCAGGUCCCAACUCAAUAUUGGUCAUACUAGUGAUGCUGAUAAAUAUUGGACUGGCAAUUAUUUUUGUCCAUUUCCUCACUUGACGGAACAUUAAACUCAGUGAGCUCAUGAAAACUAGCGGCAUAGCCCCUAAUUCUCCGCAGUUGCUUCAAUGGCCUUUAAAACAAAAUGGCACCAGUCAGACUCAGACACAGGCAAAGGACUGGACGACUGGAAUUAGAGCAAAUCAUGGGAGAAAGACGAAACCCGGACCAUUCGGCCUGAGCCAACCCAGUUCCUCUGGUGAUGAUUUGUGACUCGCUUGGGCUCUGAAAGCUGAAGCAAGCAGUCGUUGGGAAAGAAAAAGAAUCUGCUGAUCCAAGCCGUACCCAGUCAAGUGCAUGUCCACCCCGCUGCUAUGGGGAGGGGUGGAAUGGGGGGACUUAACUGGAUAUGUUCGGAGAUGCACUUUUAGCUGACGGAAACGAACAGCUGCCUUACUAUUUUACCAACUGACGUUUUAAAGGGGAGAUGUGCAGUGGGUUGCCAGUGUGUUUGGGCAGCAGGAGUUUGUACCAGUGUCCGCUUUCUGCUUGGUUCAAAACACCAUGCACAUUUUGAAAGAGUCACUUGCCAGUCUUAUUCCAUUACCCAUCUCUACAGCCUUGUCUAACAUCUCUUGCUCCUGUUUUAGGAGAUUCAUCCAUGACAUGCCUGUGCAUGGUACUGGUUUAACGACUAUGUCUUGACUUUUUUUCUUUUUCUGUUGUGUUCUUUAUUUCUGCACCUAUAUCAAGUCCCCUGUAAAACCAAACAUAAAAAUUAAAGUACACUACAGUUUUAACUGUAAGAUUUUACAUGUCCUAUGGGGGAAAAAAAAGAAUAUUAUUUAUUAUAAGAUUGGCUUUUCUCUUUUUUAGAAGAAAAAAAAAAUAG